AUGUCUAAUACUAAUCGUUACGUGGGUGAUACCGUUUCGGCUGACUGCAGAAACGCGGAUUUAAAUUAUAGGCUUGAUUUGCGCGUAAUAACUGAUACUGAGAAAGGUCCCAUUGAAGCUACUACGGGCGAGUUUGCAAGUACCAAGGCAAUUACUGAAGGAAAAUUAUACAAUGACAAACUGAGAUCAGUACUAGCAUUCAAGUGUCACUUGAACUCGUUGCUCAAGAAACUACUAUAUUUGCCUCAAAGUCAAGCCAGUGAAGUACAUAUGCCAAUAUUGCAAAUAAUGGGCCAGAAUAUCUCUCUGUGUGUCCUCUCACUGAUUGACAAACAAGUAUAUUCUGUACAAAACACACUGGACGCUGAAUACCCAAGGACUCUUGCAGGGAUCAAAACUGAAGGUAUCAGAAAAAUUAUUGAUUUAUUAGGGCAAGUUGAAUAUAUGAUGGACGGAAUAGAAAAAAACAUGAAGAACUAUUCACACAAUACAAACAGCAAGAUGAAAGGCAUUAUAGGUAAAGGCAAAUGCAUUCGUCAAUUCGAAACCGAGGCGUGGACUUCAAGCGUACAAUGGGAUACCUAUAUCUUUGAUGAAUAAAAUAAAAUUUCGAGAGUAUAUUCAAAUUUAUACCGAG